UAAUUUUAAGCAGUAAAUGGUUAGAAUCAAUAACAAUCAAAUGUAAUGACUCGUAACCAUGAACAGUUCAAUCGCUGAGUUUUAAAUACUGAUUCCAAGGUUCCUUCAUAUUGGCAAGAUGACACGUUGGAUGCUUUUAUUCGGAAUUGUGGUUUUUGUGUCAGUGCAUCAGUGGGUGGAAGCAGAUACGUUAUCGUAUCUGACCAAAAAAGUGCUUGACCAGCUGAAAAAGUUGGACAAGGAGUUCCCAAAAAGCCGGGCCGCAAAUAAAAAGUGCCAAAACGGGAUAGAAAAUAUCCGGGAAUGGUUUACAAAGAAAGAGAAAUUCUGCAGAGCCCAAAAGAAUGGUGAACCUAGAAACAGAUGUGAUGAUGAAAUGGCAAGAAAUGUAGAGGUAAUGGGCCCUCUGCUUGAAAUUUUACACGAAUAUUGUAAAGGAAGAUAACUGUCAUACUCUGCAACUAUUUCAUGUGCUAAAUUGAGGAAAAUAAAGAACUCACAACUCA